AUGGCAGAUGAAAAGCCCAUAGAAGGAGUCAAGAGAGGGAACAAUGAUCAUGUUCAUUUGAAGGUGGUGGGUCAGGAUGGUUCUGUGGUGCUAUUUAAGAUUAAGAGGCACAGUGCAUUUAGUAAACUAAUGAAAGCCUGUUGUGAACAACCGUUAGAGAUGGAGCAUAAAGAUAUAAUUGAUGUGUUCCUGCUGCAGACAGGAGGUGUUUACGAAAAAAUGGAGUCUGCCACUUAA